AUGGAUGACUAUGAUGUGAUGGCUCUGAAUGCUCACUUGGAGAAACUGAGGCACAGGGCUGUGGCCAGUGUUCAUGGAGGCCAGAGAACUUCGACAGGUUCUGUGGGGCUCCGAGCGGGCAGGUGUGUGGGACACUGCGCUUUUUACCAGCGCUGGCCGCGCCCCUGGGUGGACACCUUCAGAGACACAGCCCAUAUCAGCACGGGUGGUCGUGUGUGCUGCUCCGACCCCCUGGCCGCCUUCCCCAACCGCUCCGCGCCCCUCGUGCCCUGCAGCGGCGGCUGGCACUACGAGCAGACCCACGCCACCAUCGUCAGCGAGUUUGACCUUGUCUGUGUCAAUGCGUGGAUGCUGGACUUCACUCAAGCCAUUCUGAACCUAGGCUUCCUGGCAGGAGCCUUUACCCUGGGCUAUGCAGCAGACAGGUACGGCAGGAUAGUCAUUUACUUAAUAUCCUGUUUGGGGGUUGGCGUCACCGGUGUCGUGGUGGCCUUUGCACCAAAUUUCCCUGUGUUUGUGGUCUUCCGCUUCCUCCAAGGUGUGUUUGGAAAGGGGACGUGGAUGACUUGCUUCGUGAUUGUGACAGAAAUAGUCGGCUCAAAACAAAGGAGGAUUGUCGGAGUUGUGAUUCAAAUGUUCUUCACUCUUGGGAUCAUAAUUCUCCCAGGAAUUGCGUACUUUAUCCCCAGUUGGCAAGGAAUCCAGCUGGCUGUUACACUGCCCAACUUUCUCUUCCUGCUUUAUUAUUGGGUGGUCCCCGAGUCUCCACGCUGGCUCAUUACUCGGAAGGAAGGGGAUAAAGCAUUACAGAUUCUCAGACGCAUUGCAAAAUGCAAUGGGAAAUAUCUCUCGCCAAAUUACUCAGAGAUCACGGUCACAGAUGAGGAGAUCAGCAACCCGUCCUUUCUAGAUCUGGUGAGAACCCCCCAGAUGCGGAAGUGCACGCUCAUACUCAUGUUUGCCUGGUUCACCAGCGCCGUGGUCUAUCAAGGCCUCGUCAUGCGCCUGGGGAUCGUGGGUGGCAACCUCUACGUGGACUUCUUCAUCUCGGGAGUGGUGGAGCUGCCCGCCGCGCUCCUGAUCCUGUUGACCAUCGAGCGCUUGGGCCGCCGCCUCCCGUUUGCAGCCAGCAACAUGGUGGCCGGGGUGGCGUGUCUGGUCACCGCAUUCUUGCCGGAAGGGCUACCAUGGUUACGGACCACCGUUGCUACCCUGGGACGGCUGGGGAUAACCAUGGCCUUUGAAAUUGUUUAUUUGGUCAAUUCGGAAUUAUACCCAACAACGUUACGGAACUUCGGAGUUUCCCUGUGCUCAGGCCUGUGUGACUUGGGUGGGAUCAUAGCCCCAUUUCUCCUCUUCCGCCUGGCGGCCGUGUGGCUGGAGCUACCUCUGAUCAUCUUUGGCGUGCUGGCAUCCGUCUGUGGUGGCCUUGUGAUGCUCUUACCUGAAACCAAAGGUAUCGCCUUGCCAGAAACAGUGGAUGAUGUUGAAAAACUUGGCAGUUCACAUUCUCAUCAGUGUGGCAGGAAAAAGAAUAUUCAGGUUUCCAGUUCUCAUGUCUGAGGCCCCCGCAGAGCCGGAAGGAAGGCAUUGUGCGGAUGUCUCCCUCCCUCCUUCCCUCUGUCCCCCUCCCCCGGAAGCUGAGCUGGAGGGAUGGGCACGUCAGCUCUGCCCCACGGUGCCCUUCUAAGCAUCUUCUGCACCAUACGAAGACGCACUGUCUGGAGUAUUUUUAUAUGAUAUUGGAUGAGCUAGUGCUUUCACGCUACCAUGAGGAACACGCGUGGCUGCUUUAGCAAAGCUCGUUUAGGUGCACACCACCCUUUCUGGGUUUUCUCUUGGGUUGGAGCAAUGCCUUUUCCCCCCUGGGUUGCAGGGAGAUGAAAGGCUGUAACAGUCUCAGGAAGCUCCAGCAAGGAUAGAGGCAGAUGACAUGCAAUCAAGGAGCCAGGACAGGCCCAGAAAUCCUUCAGCCAAUCUGACAAGGGACGGAACACCAAACCCAGCAUUCUGAGGAGCCUUGGUGAAUAAAGGUUUGUGGGUGGCACCAGCUUUCUCAGUCUACCUUGGCUUGCACAGUCUUUGCAGGGUGGACAGGUCAGAUGUCCUCUCCACCCACCUCUUCUUGAGCACCUGAGGUUCAAGGCCAUGUUCUCUAAAUAAGAACAGGCCUGCUGUACGAUUUGAGGCUUUGUCUCUAUUAUUUAUACAGUAAGUUUGGGAUAUUUUUUUCUUCUUUUAGUGGACACCAAGAGCCCUAAAUUCUACUCCUUACCAAACAAAAAACCAUGGAUUAUGAUUUCCUGGGUUUUAUGAUUUUAAAAAUAAAAGGAUAUUGAUGUUACAUUUGUUCAGGUGGUGCCCAUGAUCAAGAGUGGAGAAAAAAUGUGGACAAAAAAACACAGACACUUCUAAUUCAAGAAAUGUGGGACUUAAACACAAUACACUGUUCUACUUUAUAUGUUAUAUUUUUUCAGUACAUACCCUAUGCUGAUUUUUUUAAUGAUAGACUUUGUGUGGACAGAUAAAAUGGGUACCAAAGGUUAACCUUACCAAUGAGGAAGAAAUAUAUACAUGGCGAAUGUGUGUGUCUGUGUGUGUGAUCAUAUAUAAGAUGUAUGUGCUGAUUGUAAAAUAAUCUUUUUAACCCACCAGGCACAUCAGAAUUGAAUGUGAUGUUUCUACUUCUGAAAAUGUAAUACCGUAUUCACCCUGCACUCAUACACAUUUGAAGUUUUGCUUCUCUUUGCCACAAAAUGGCUGUUGCUCUUUGGUAUCUGUCAUCAUUGGAUUGUAUUUUGAGUUAAUA